UAAAAUUCUCGGUAGCGAGCAGUGUUUGGCUACAUUCUAUUUCUUCUCCUCCGUGUGAGACCAAAGGUUUGUUUCCUAUCGUUUGAUAUCUUUCAUUCUCUUUUAACAUAAAUUGCGGGCAAAGUUUUCCUCGAAUGGAAAGCUAGCGACCCAAAUGGUCACUCUUAAAAUUGUCACCCAGAGCGGUAAUUCGAUAAAGGCGUAAUAUGUGACUAACACAGUCUACAGACUGUACGAUUUUACGCCUAUGUCAGCGUCGGAUUUGGGAAUAUAUAUAACGGCGUAAUAUGAGACUAACACAGUCUAUAUACUGUAAGAUUUUACGCCACUAACCCAGUUGGUAGAUUAAUUAUAAUAAAUUAAUAGAAAAUGAAAUUAUAUUACUGGCGAAAAAUUUACAUUAAAUAUAUCACCGACUGGAAGAAAUUACGCCGUUAGUUACUGGCGUAAAAUCUUACAGUAUAUAUUAUACCGACUAAAAGAAAUUUCGCCGUAAGUUACUGGCGUAAAAUCUUCCAUAUAAACACAACCGACUGGAAGAAAUUACGCCGUUAGUUACUGGCGUAAAAUCUUCUAUAUAAGGCCACUGACUGGAAGAAAUUACGCCGUUAGUUACUGGCGUAAAAUCGUACAUAUAGAGACUACCGACUGGAAGAAAUUACGCCGUUAGUUACUGGCGUAAAAUCUUACAGUAUAUAUUAUACCGACUGGAAGAAAUUACGCCGUUAGUUACUGGCGUAAAAUCGUACAUAUAAGACAACUGACUGGAAGAAAUUACGCCGUUAGAUACUGGCUUAAAAUCGUACAUAUAGACACAACGGGCGACCCUAAAAGCUGGAAUGGCGGAAUGGCGGUGUGGCGGAAAAUGACCCCAAAUCCUAAAACACGGGACGGCGGAAAAUGACCCAAAUCCUAAAACACGGAACGGAUGUCAGGGCAUGUUGCACAAAUUUUGUGCAAUACUCGAGCGCGUGGCUCAUUCAUCCCCACGACGAUAACACGCUUAAUUUUAGUCACGCGCGUUAUCGUCGUGGGGAUAAAUGAGCCAAGCGCUUGGUGUCUUUCUACAAAAUUUCAUUACAUCAUCGACUGGAAGAAAUUACGCCGCUAGUUACUGGCGUAAAAUCUUACAUAGAAACAUUACCGACUGGAAGAAAUUACGCCGCUAGUUACUGGCGUAAAAUCCUACAUAUAAACAUUACCGACUGGAAGAAAGUACGCCGUUAGCUACUGGCGUAAAAUCUUACAUAGAUACAUCAUCGACUGGAAGAAAUUACGUCGCUAGUUACUGGCGUAAAAUCUUACAUAUAAAUAUUACCGACUGGAAGAAACUACGCCGUUAGCUACUGGCGUAAAAUCCUACAUAUAAACAUUACUGAGUGGAAGAAAUUACGCCGCUAGUUACUGGCGUAAAAUCCUACAUAUAAACAUUACCGACUGGAAGAAAGUACGCCGUUAGUUACUGGCGUAAAAUCUUACGUAGAAACACCACCAACUGGAAGAAAUUACGCUGUUAACAUGUUAAUGUGUAUAUUUGCGUAAAUAUACACAUUAUAUAAUUAUUCAGAUUUCUUCGAGAAGUUGAAAUAUUCUUUAAACCUCUGCAGAAAGGUUGAAUCGUUGUACGUACAUUCAUUGAUAGAUUUCUACACCACUAUAAUUUACCUAUGUGAUUGUCAAUUACAGAAACAAGGUCUUAUACAGACUGAUUUUCCGUUGCGACGCCUAAAAUAAUGAGGCUGAUCAACGAAGACAUUAGACGAUGUUUGACCUGACUCGCUUUGGACAAUUUUCUACUGAUACAGCUUGCAUGACACCGACAAAUUCGUAGAUUUUUCAUGACAUCCCAUCUAUGACCUUUGACGUAAUAAAGAAAUAAAUAAGAAAUUUUCCUUCUGGGUGGCCAUUAAAUGGAAGUAAAAAAACUUUGCUAGGUUCAGCUUUUCAAAGGUUGCGUUUUCCAUUUCUGCUCCCGCUUCCUGCCGUCUCCAGCCCCUUGUUCUCCCGGGCGCUCGCCCCCCUGUACCCCUCCACUAAUGUAGAACAAAUACUUUCGGGAGACCAAAGAGAUUUGAUCUGGUAAAUUGGCCGCACAAAAGCUGAAAAGGGAUAACGAUUUACGCCUUUACUAUGGCAUAAAACUUCAUAAGUACAUUUACGACAAAAGUGUUGAAGACGGAGUCAUUUAUUAAGAUAGUUUAUUUCAUAACAAACAGGUUGGUUCCUCGGUACCCCCGACAAAAGCGUUCUUAUCCAAUCACAAUCAGUUGUACUAUACUUCGUGCGAGCACAUCCAGAAACCCAUGACCUAGUUAUGGGUUCCCAUUCUUUAGAUUUUUGGACAUUUGAUAAGUUCAGUACAACCAGUUAUGUUGGGGGUAUCAUCCACAAACCAAGUGGACUCAUUGUUGCCGAGAUAUACCUGUAAAGGUCUUACUUACCUUGAAGCACUGACUUGCUAGACACCCGAACCUUCUUAAGUAUGAAUUGGAGUAUUCAAUAAGGUUAGUUACAUACUUUAUAGCAAGCGUUGUAAAUUGCAUUAUUAAAACCUACUAGUUAAGUGUAGUCUUCGGAGGUGGGUUCACGUCACUUUCCUCGAUGACUUCUGCCAGGCUACGUGCCUCUUACUAUUUCCCAGGAGAGCGUAACGUCUGUAUAGAAAUUUCAGCCAUUAUGUUAUCUAAUUCCAAAGGUGUGACUUCAAGUGUUGUACUUAGGUAGAGAAACUGUUCCUCAGAUGUUUUAACGGCGUAGUUCGUCAGUUUUACUCAGCCAACAGACGGACAUCUUACUGUCUAAAUCCUCAAUCCUGUCUGACUACCCUUGCUGUCAAUUCGAUCGGCAAAAUUAACCAAGUGUCUUUCAUGUUUUCUGUAGGCGAUGAUUUGUCUAUAACACCAUCCCGGUACUCUGUAACUUCGCCUGAUUUGUCCUUCUCGUCAUAUUCCACUUCAAUUAAACGGUUGAUCAAGGCUCUUCAUUCGGUUUUCUUUUAUUGCUUAAUAUAUGUCUGCGAUUAUCCGGCGGACCUUCGUCACGACACUUGCCUUGCCGGACUUGUACGCUUUCGUUUGGCCUUCUGCUUGCCAGGUGAUGAUUUGUAGGACGUUGUCACGUUCUCUUUGCAAACUGCUGUUUUCACAGCGUGGGGGUUUAUAUGUAAGAUUUUACACAAGUAGCUAACGGCGUAGUUUCUUCCAGUCGGUGAUGUAUAAAUGUAAGAUUUUACGCCAGUAACUAGCAGCGUAAUUUCUUCCAGUCGGUGAUAUAUAUAUAAUGUCAAUUUUACGCCAGUAAUAAAAUUUAAUAAUACAUUAAUUUAUUAUCAUUCAAUCUACCGACUGAGAUAGUGGCGUAAAAUCUUACAGUAUAUAAACUGUGUUAGUCACAUAUUACGCCGUUAUAUAUAUUCACAGUGAUAUAUGGUUAAUUGGCGUUAAAAACACCGUAAAAGUCAAACUGUUCUUCAAAAAAGUAUAUUAGAUUUUAUUGCUUGCGCGUUGUCACUUUGCACUACUAUGAACUAUACGUGACAGUAGUAUAGAGGCCAAGGCAAUAAAUAACUUCACUCGCCAGCUACUCUAGCCUCAGUGGUCGAAAGCUCUCUUUAUCCCUUUAAGGAAACAGCAGAUUUAUAAACCAAAAGGGUUGUUAAUCUUCAGUUUAAAAGGUAAAAUUUACGGCCGUUGUCUUCUUCUCCUUGCUACAGGGAUAAGGCUGGGAUAAAGGUAAUGGCUGGUGAAGGCGCAGAUUUAGCUGCAAAUGGAGUCAGGGCGGCUUUUGAAUUGACAGCGUCAGCAAGUACAUCAGGCUUUUCUAUCUCGGUGAAAAUAGACAGCCCCAUUCUGGCAGGAUUUGCGUUGGCUGGAGCCCUGACGUUGGGUGCAUUUUAUUUGUCUAAAAGACAGUCUGUUGAAAAUGCGAUAAGGAAUGCCUUAGAAGAAAGAAAUGAAAACGGAGCUGAUCCUGAAGUCAGGAACAUCGGGGAUGGUUCAAUUUUGGUGGAGCUUUGCUGUCACACAGAUCGUAGUUUGUUACAGUUCGUGGAUGACCUUGAAGCAGAGAAAGUGAAGCAUAGAUUGCAAGAAGAGUUUUGUAAAAUUGGAUUCAACAGGCGGUUAGAUGUAACCAUUAUGAAUGCUGAAGAGGUUUACAAGAAAGUGCAGGAAAUAAGGUAA